AUGAAGCCCGAUCUGCCAGUCGAUAUGGGACUUAGUUUCCGCCGGGCCGGGGAAAGGUUGAGAUCCAUCGCCAAGAUGAACCGCUGGACGAAAAGCCAAUUGGAAGGAAAGGCUGGAGAAACGGACAGCGACAGGAAUUGCUAUCUCCUUGCGCUACCAACAGAGCUGCUUCUCGAGAUCAUUUCUCAUUUGUCUGUGUUGCCCGAGGCAUGUCUGGCGUUGACCUGUAAACGGCUCUAUUCGAUAUGCGGACCUAUCCUGGGAGCCGAAACCCUCCAUUUCAGUCGAGACUUUGCGCCAUUAUUCCACCAUUAUCGAAAUACACACAACUUCGUCACCCCACGUUGGCAGUUCAUAAACUUGCUAGAGGACAACAGGUGGCGGGCUUGUUCUCGAUGUUUGAAGCUCCAUCCACGGAACUCAUUCCCCGUGCGAGAGCUGAAAGGAAAGCCGGAGGAGAGGUCGUGUAACCUAGGAAGCUCGGCGGGCAUAGUAGACUUAUGUCCCUGCAAGAAGUUGACUUUCCAUGACAAGAUGGAGUUGGUUAAACUUCUGAAGACACGCGAGAGAUCGAUGACGGCCCUGGCGAUGCAAUUCGGCGCCAGUAUAAAGCAGCAGCGCUUCUGCUGGCAUAAUUGCACUGAGAACUAUGGAUCAACGCAGCUGGAUAUAGAGAUCUAUCCUGAAUUGGAUGAAGAGGGCCAGUUGAAGAUCAAGACAGAGUACCGCUUGCGGACAGGUUCUGGCCAGCUCGGUAGGGAAGAGCACAUGACGCCACGUUUUGGUUGUGCCCAUCGAUCCGUCGACCUGUGGCUUUCCAGUGUCUGCCAAACUACCCUCUGUCGGCUAUAUGACAGUCACUGCGCAUCUUGCAAUCGAAUAUCGAUAUGCAAUACGUGCAAUGCCUCGUUGAGGUGUCCUCGCAAACAACCAAGUCAGCUGGACGAGGAGACGGGGCAAGCAACGUACCAUUUUUGGACGGAACGGUGCCUUGGAGGCUCUGGGCCUGUCCCCGAUCAGACGUGGGCAGCGCAACGGAUCCAUCCUGCGGAGAAUUUAAUAGAUGUCGCCAACUGCAGUGAGCUCUGCCCGUGGACGAUCCGGGAACAUCCAGCCCUUGAAGAGGCGCCAGCGUUGGAGAUGAAUAUUCUCGAUCCCGCCAUACAAGAUCAGUCGAUGAAUCAGUUGUAUUCCUCGAUCAACGGUAGAGCGCAGCGGAUUGAUGAGCAUUGUCUGCGUUCUGGGGCGAUGAGCUACCCACCACCCCAUAACGGCCAAUAUCCUUCGCAGUACUUGCAGCAACCCCCCAAUCUGCCGCAUCACCAGCAGACCAUCCACCCGCAGCAGCUACUGUACAACGGCAAUGUCAACACGAGCGCUUCGCCAUAUCAAUAUGGGAAGCCGGUGGUUUAUCCCCAGGUCAUGAUUCCGGCGUAUCCUGCUUACGCGCAGACAUACAACCCCCAGCAGCAGCAGCAACCACCUGCACCUCCACCCCAGCAGCCGCAACAGCAAUAUGUGAAUCCGUCCGAUCUGUUCAACCCACCGCCUCUUGCUUCAGCUUCGCCUCCCCAGUUCACUAAUAGUCCGUCCCAAUAUGCUGCACAACCAGCCGUGUCUGUUGCAGGCAACAGUCGCUCCCCCGUCCUCCCUACUUCGUCUACCCCCGCUCAAUCAACGUACUACGCCGCUCCCAGUCCGAAUCAAGGGAAUCAACCUAACAAUACAUACACUCCACCGACAUCUACCACGCCAACAGUUCAUGUGCCACCUGCUGCUGCCUCUCCAGUUCCUGCCCCGGCUGCGAAACCGAUUGCUGCUAAGCUUGUUGCCGCUAAGCCCGUCGUCGCCAAACCUGUCGUCGCUAAACCCAUCGUUCAAACUCCUCCAGCGCCAUCCCCCAAGCCCGUCCAGGUGUUGAUCCCAGCUCCCACCCCGGACGUACAGCAGAAGACGCAGCGUCAGCCUCCUAAGAAACAGGCGCAGCGUCAAACCGGCCAAAAACCCACUCAAAAGUCAACAGGCUCGCCGAUUGACUAUCAAGUGUUGCUGUUGGCUAUGGCUGAUGAGUAUCUGAAUGCAGCUCACAGCCAUGGGACCCUGGUGGCGUUGUUGAGGCGGGAGAUGGAAAUGGAUGAAUAUUACAAAUUAGUUGCAACGGGCCUUGGCUGCUUGGAAGCCGUUCUCAAGAAUUGGAGACUACAGCCUCGGGUCGAAGCUCUUGUCCGAUUACGAUAUGCCCGGAUAUUAUUCGAGGAAACGGAUAAUGACCUUGAAGCGGAGACAGCAUUGAGCAAAGGUAAUCGAAUGCUGGAUUUGAAAUAUAGUAUGCAACAUCUUUUGGCGCGAAUGCUGUAUAAAACCAACCCGAAGGCCUCAUUGAAAGCUGUCGAUGGGAUGAUUCAAGACGUCGAAGCAUAUCGCCACUCCGCGUGGGAGUAUGCUUUUCGUUUUCUUCGGGUGUCUCUUUCCCUAUCCUCAUCAGCCCAUCAAGAUUCAGUGUCGGCACUACAACAUCUCCAAAAAAUCGCCACUAUGGCCAGCCGCAACGGUGACAAGGCUGUUUCAGCUAUGUCUGCGAUAAUCGAAGCUCUCGCACAUCUUCAGCAAGGAUCUGGUUUCGACUCGAUCGAGCAAGCUCAGCGUGCAGUAGCGAUGGCACGGAGUCACCAACUCAAUGACGAGCUUCGUCAUAUCCCACAGCUCACGACCUUGAUCCAGAUUGUCGACAUAUGCUGUAGUCUGCUUGACUAUGAUACCAACCAGUCGUCUCAGAAGCUCAAAGUCAUGCAAGACCUGAUGGAUGAAAGGCUGAAUGACUCAAAUUGGCGGGGUGAUGGGUCAUUCUCAAUCCCCUUGAAUGGCAAGUCGGCUGGGCCGUCUUCCAUCGACACCGGGGACAUCCUUCAGGUCCAGAGCGGCACGCUACUGCUAAGCUUUAACUGGCUACCUCAGCACGACCUCUACGCACUUUGUUAUUUCCUGAGUUCUAUAACUCUGAGUUGCACGAACUCCUAUGAUGGACGCAAGGCAGAGAAGUUCCUGCAGGAGGGCACGCGAAGUUUCAAGGCGCCCCAAGAGAUCACCGAAUCGGCGGUCAAUGCGAAUAGGCGAGUUCAGUGGCGGAAGACUCUCUAUUGCAACCUACUUGUCCAGCAAGUGUUCCUUGCCUGCGGUCGCACGGACUGGGAGCUGGCCAGCAAGACGUUAAGAGAACUUCGACACGAAGCCCAAGAGCUUGGCGACCAGCUUCCCGAUACAAUCGAAUGCCUAAUGGAGUACGCUACGGGGGCCAUUGCGCAAGCAACCGGCGACCUCAAUGCAGCCCUGAACGUUUUCCAGUCUCCGCUGCUUUCCCUGUCUACAACCUUCAGCAAGACCGCACGCAACGAUCCACGUCGCGAUAUCGCCAUCCUCGCCUCUCUGAACACCGUCCUCAUCCUUCGCGAUCCUGACCAUCCAUCUCACCCCCACCUGCCCGCCAUCUUAUCCACGGUGGAAUCAUUCUGCACCGGCAGCCCCAACAAGUACAUACAAGCAGCGUACUAUCUCGUCUGCGCCACCGUGCAGACCGAGUCCACGAUCCAGACAAAACAAUACCUCCAACAAGCGCUUCAAUCCGCCACCGCUGUCAGCAACAGUCAAAUUACGUGCAUGACCCUAACCUUCAUGAGCUGGAAAUACUUCCGCGGUGUCGUCGGCGAGCAAGCCGAGAAGAGCGCCCGAGCGGCCCGCGCAAUGGCCAAGAAAGCCAACGAUCGCCUCUGGGUCAGCGUCACCGACGAGAUGCUCGCCGAAACCUUAGAACGACAAGGAAAGAACGAAGAAGCCAAGGGUUUUCGGGAAGAAGGACAUCGUGUAAUGAUGGGAUUGCCGUCGGCAUUGAAAAGGCCUGUUUAA